CACAAACAAUAUGGCCGACAACGUGUGAACGCUAGGUGGAUAAGUUGUAAAACAGAGAUUUUUCUGAAUUAAUGGAGCUGCUUCUAUAAAGACUUAAAAAUGGAUGAAAGACUGAAAUGGUUAGAAGUGAGGAUUAAUUCCUCGCUUCGUCCACGGAAUGAAGACCUCAAAAAUAUGUUCCUCAAUGACGAGAACAGACUAGCCUUUUAUGAAUUUAUCAACAAUGAGGAUGUAAGAUGUUUGUAUGUGUUCAAUAGACCCCCCAAACAGAUUGUAGCCUCACUUAUACCACCACAUGAGAUGAAAUACAAGUCAAUAUUCUUCUUAAAAUGUAAUGCUGGUACAAAAUUGACCAAAGAAAAUAUUGGGAAGGAAGUGUUUUAUUUGGACUGUACAAACAUUCCAUUAGAACAUUUGGAGCUAAUUAUUAGAGAGGUUUAUCUCCCUUUGUUGUGCACCAAUCAACAAAAUCUUACCACUACAGGAGGAGAUAAAGUUAUGGAUGUCUUACAUCGUUUGAUGUCAGUUGUGGAAGUCUCACAAGGACAUGCAGAGGGAAGGAUAAUACUAAGUUUACCAUCUAUAGAGGUACUAGCUGAAGCUGCAGCAGCUGUAAACAGGAGAGGUGCUGUAUUACAUGUCCUAGAAACCACUGUGUUAGCUUGGAUUAAACAGAUUAAGGGUGUACUACGUCAUGAUCCAGUCACUGACUUGUUUGGCCACUUUGGACCAGAGCCAGGACCUUUAGAUGAGAUUAAAAUGUGGGAACGUCAGUUAGGAAGACUACAUUCCAUUCUUAAACAGUUAGAAUCACCAGUAGCUAAAGAUAUUCUACAGAACUUAGACUCAGCACAGAGCCAGUACUCAAGUUCGUUCAACCAUGUCAGAAGAGACGUGAACAAGGCAGUACAAGAAACCAAUAGAACCCUGAAAUUUCUUACAACCAUGAGGUGGUUAUUUGAAGACUUCCAUGACACCAUGGAUCCUAAACACAUGCUGGAACUGUUCAAACCCAUGAUGCAAGUUUUAUUCCUUGUAUGGCAACAUUCAGUAUAUUAUCAUCAGAUGGAUAAAUUUCACAACUUAUUGAGACUGUUAUCCAAUGAAGUGGUACACAGAGCUAUAUCAUUAGUGGGAGAAAAUAUACUGAGAGAACCAUUACAGUCCUAUUCCAAGUUGAAGGAAGCUUUAAGAGUAUGUGCAGCAUUCCGUGGAACCUACUUGGAUUUCAAAGACAAAGCUGAUGAACAAAACCACCAAAACAUUGUAGAAAAUGCUGAAAGAUUGGCAUCAAAGCCUCAAGGAACAUUGUUUUUGACAAAGAUGUAUGGUCCUCAUGCCUACACCCCACGGUAUGGUUUGAGAACAGGAGAUACUGGGAGUACUUCAACACUGAAUGAGGAUGAAUUAUGGACUGACAGCCCUUGGCCACCAAGAAAUGCUCCUUGUUUUGACCUUCUAAAUAGUUUUAUGGAAAGAUGCAAUGAUGUAUUAGAGCUAGUAGAGACAACUCGUCACUUCAGGUUGUUAGCAGAUGCCGCUGAGAUAGGUGGCGCUGGUAGUAUGAGUUUAGAUGCUUUAGUGAAGGAAAUUCAUCUGAAAUAUAGUCAAGUGAUGAAAGAUUUCUUCUCCGUCGUAGAAAAUGUACUUAGUAUUGAUGGAUCUCAGAACUUUGAACGAGCAUUCUUUAAAUUUAGAACUGUAGUAAAGACAUUAGAAGGAAAACUGGCACAGAUAUUAAGGAUCUCGUUUAACCAAUGUCCAACAGUUGAGGCCCAAUUAAGGUUACUGGAAGUGUUUGAAGGAAUCAGUGGCAGGGAACUUGUACAGGCACAUUUGAAAGACAAAGAUGAACAAAUAGUAACUGUAUUUACAGAGGAAUUACAAACUGUUCAGAAUAUGUUUGAGGCUAAUCAACAUAAUCCUCCGAGACAUUUGAACAUGCCACCAAUUGUCAGUAAAGUCCUAUGGGUUACCGCCCUUAUUGACAGAAUUAAAAGACCAAUGGAUAAGAUUCGUCAAGUGAGUCCUCAUUCCAUGGAAGGCGAAAACGGGUGGCAGAUGAGACAUAGUUAUAAUAAUUGUAUGAAGAUGUUAGAGAACUACCAAACACAGAUCAUAGCAGAAUGGCAGAGUAACAUAACAGCAGAACUUACCAUGAAACUAAAACAAGCCUUACUGAUUGCUGAAGAGUUUGACGAGGAGGUAGAAGUGAGACCUCAAGUGAUCCACGUCAAUCUGGAUUCACAGUUACCGCUGAUACUACGUGAAAUUCACUACCUCAGUCAAGCACCAUUUGAUAUAUCAUUGCCUUCCUCAGCUAAAGAGAUUCUUAGGAACACUGAUUCAUUUGAACUGAGAGUUACUGCAACCAGAUUAGAGACAAUUGUAUCUAAGUACAAUACCAUAAUGAGAACAAUUACAGAAUUUGAGAAACCAUUGUUUGAGAGGAAACUUCUGAAAAUUGAUUUAUUAUUUGAAUCAGGAUUACAGCAGUUUACGUGGAAGAUGAAGGAAUCAGGUGACUUUAUAGAACAAGCUAUGGCUUUAGUUUGUAUGGAUGUAUUCCAGAACCUUGACAUGGUACAGACAAACUGUCAUGAGAUAGCAGAGAUCACUAUCUCUUGGUCUACAGGAAUGUUAGAUGUGUUUGCUGGCAGGGCCAAAGAUACAUCUUAUUCCAUGGAGGAGUUACUUUCUAUGCAAAAGAUGUUAACAGAAGAACAUGAAGGUAUAGUAGUACCAUCAGGAUAUAGGAUACAUUCACUGGUCCAGAUGUCAUUUGAGGCUGUACAGAUAAGUCAGGCCUCACCAGCAUGGCAGGACUACAUUGACUAUAUAGAUGCCAUUGUACUAGACGGAUUGAAACAAGCAACAUUGACCAGCCUUAAAUCUAUGUUGAAUAAUCUGGUGCAAGCUAAUAUGGCUGAGGAUGAUGAUACACUGAUGCCUGUAUUGACCAUAAGAUUGGAAUUGAUAGACAAUAGAGUGGCAUUCAGACCUCCAUUGGACCAAUCCACCUCAGUCAUCAGUGUCCAAGAACUGGUACAACAAUGGUUAGAUGGUUACCUAGCCAGGGGAAAACUUGUCAAAAUGUUAGGACCAAAGGGAACAUACCAGGAUUAUAUUUCUGCUGAUGAUGAGGUCAAACAACUUCUGCAUAACAUCAACAGACUUGUAGAAGAAAACAGUGAUGAGUGCAAGAAAUUGAUAGAAAUAUUUGGAGACUAUUCCUUCUUAUGGCUUCAAGAUGUAAACUAUACCUUUGAUGAAUUCCUCAGAGGAAAGUUGUCACCUAAUCCAUUAAGAAGUCCAAACAGAAACUUUGGUGGAAAUGUUAAAGCUCUAGUAACAGAGAGGUCAGAGUCAAGAUCUUCAGUUGCCAGUAGUUUGAACUCCAUGGCAGGAAUGAGUGAAAGAAGAGCUUUCUUGACACCCAAGAACUUCAGUGAGGAGAUGGAGAAGGCAGAAAUUCCUGCAUUGGAUGAAUUUGAUGCUGAAAUUAACAUCUACAGGACUGCAAGAGAUGAGUUACAGAGUUUAGAAGACUACCAUAAUGUUGGAUGGUUACGAGUGGAUUUACAACCCAUCAAACAAGUACUCACCACUUACGCUUCUAAGUGGAUGUGGACAUAUACCAAAUAUUUGUCUGAUCAGGUAACCAACAUGUUGGAGAAUCUCGAUAGAUUCUUGAAGAGAACAGAACCAGAAAUAGAAAGUAUUACUGGAGAAGAACGAGAUACUGCCUCCUUCAUGAAAAUGAUGAGAUUGUUCAAUGAGGUAUCAGCCCAACAAUCUGAGAUGGAUGGAAAGUUUACUGAGAUGAGACGUACAGUACAAUUACUAAAGAAAUAUGGACAGAAGUUACCAGAUAAAACUCAGCAGUUAUUUACUGCAGCACCAGGUCGAUGGAACAAUCUGAAGACCAAAGUAUCACUGGCAAAACAGAGACUUGGUCCCAGGAUACAGGAAGAGUCUGUCAGAAUUACACAGGAUCUUGAAGCCUUUGGAUACAGAGUGAAUACAUUAGCCAAGGAACUGGAGAACUCAGACGUUUAUAACAGAGAAUGUAACAUUGACGAAGCCUGGGUCAUCAUUGAUAAAUUCUCAAAGAAACUCACAGUCUUAGAGAAUGAAGCACAGGAUUUGAUAGAAUUACAAGAACUGCUUGAGACAUCAGUUGUUAAUUUUGCUAUUAUUCCUCAAUGUAGACAUGAGCUGAACAACCUUAAACAAGUAUGGGAGACCGUCAGAGUUAUUGAUGAUCAACAAGCAGAAUGGAAACGACAUCGCUGGCAGAAGAUGAACACAAAAUUUUUACGAGAGGAAACAAAUAAACAGUUAGACAUUGUUAGAGCUUUACCCGAGGAUGUGUUUACAUGGGAUGUUUAUAUGGGAUUACAUGAGUCUAUUACUACAAUACAGGCCUGUCUGCCUUUGAUAGACGAUCUCAGUAACCCUGCAAUGAGAACAAGACAUCUGAAGUUACUUGUACGAGUCACAGGUGGCACUGUCAAUAUUGACAAUGACACUCUCAAACGAAUGACCCUCAAAGAGUUCAUUGGCCUUGGUCUUCAAAAACAUAUUGAUGAUGUAAGAGCUAUUGUUCAAAAAGCAGUGAAAGAUUUAGCUAUAGACCAGUCAUUGAAGACUUAUGAUGAGAUAUGGACCAGUAAAUUAUUCAAACUGAGACUUCACACCAGAGUUAGAACUGAACAAGAACUCAUUGCUGCUCCUGAUCAACACAGUGAAUCUCAGAGUGAAGGAGGAUCUCAACCUCCCCUGCCUAUAACAAGUCGUAGUCAGGCUAGAACAACUAGUCGUAUCUCUAACCAGAGCUCAACAGGCAAAAAUAAACGUAGCAGUAUAGCUUCACUGCCAUCAUCUUUACUUAACCUUGGACAGAUGAAGGAUAGUGUAAUUAAGGACACAGGGCAAAUAUUCUUACUGAACAAAAGUGGACCAAUAUUUGAAGAGUUAGAAAACCACCAGGUGGCAUUGCAAGCAAUGCAAAGUUCUGCUGGAUCAUUCCUGGAUGAUAUUAUCAAAUGGCAGAAGAAAUUACAACAGAUAGAAGCUGUCCUUGUAAUGUGGUUAGAAGUUCAGGAUAAAUGGAUUGAACUAGAAGAGAUAUUUUCUGGGGCUGAUGUUAGAACAUCUUUGUCACAUGAUGCCAAUAGAUUUGCUGUUGUAAAUAGAGACUUCAGACUUUUGAUGAGAGCUACAGAGAAAAAUCCUAAUGUUAGACAGUGCUGUGAGAGGAAAAAUAUUUUGGUAAUAUUAGAACACAUGAACCAUAGUUUGGAGCAGUGUAGAAGAUCAUUGUUGAACCAUUUAGAAAGGAGAAGACAGAUUUUUCCAAGGUUUUACUUCCUGUCAAUGGAAGAUGUCUUACAUAUAGUCUGUAAUGGUUAUGACUUAAACCAAGUGAAUGUUUAUAUUGGUAAAGUGUUUGAGAAUGUUGGCAGUUUGUUGUUUGAAGAAGUAGAAGACAAUGAGAAAUAUCACUACAUCAUAACUGGUGUUAACAGUGUUUUGGGAGAGAGGCUAGAAUUCCUACAGCCUGUACCAUGUGAAGGACAAAUAGAAACAUGGCUGACAAGUUUUAUUCAAGGUCUUAAGAAUGCUUUACAGUACCAGAUGGCUACAGCAUUAGGACAUGAGAAAGCAGGACCUAAAACAAGACAGAUUAGAAGUGCUGGAUCUCGUAAAGUAACCAUUAAAAAAUCAGGAUCAGCUACUAAACAAAAUGCCAAAGAUAGAGCCUCAAGUAGAACUGGUAGCAGACAGGCCAGUAGACAGAGUAAGAAACAAGCAGAGGAGCAAAGUCGAGCAUCCUCGGUAGCUGAUCAGUUAUUAACGGAAGAAAACAAAGAUUCUCAGAGCUCUUGGACCUUAGACCAUGUGGCUGAAGUAGUAUACUUAGCUACUCAAGUACAGAUGACUGAGACAAUAGAGGGAGCUUUAAAGGAAAUGGAAAAUGGCACCAAAGAUAAGCUAGAGGCUGCAUUAGCUAAGAUAAAUACCAGUAUCAAGGCUACAACAUUACUGCUGAAAGGAUUGGAGGGAGAAAAGGAAGCAAAACUUAGGAAGGAGAAAACUGAAAGUGAAGCUGCUAAGUCACAGAGAGAUGGACUUGAAGAUGAGAAUGCAUCUGUAGCCGGAGCUCGCAGUAGUUAUGGUGGAGCAUCAUUGGAAGCCUCCAGGAAAGACGGGUCUCUCUUGGAUCUGGCUGACACCAGUAGAACUCCCAUUAUAGAGGAGGAAACAGAACCUGGAGCAGAUGGUAUUUCUAUAGUAGAACCUCAAACAAUGGAACCUAUAGAUACCAUGAACAUUACUGCUGCUGCUGCAAUGGAAUUACGGCAAGAAGAGACGGAAAUAGAGGAAGAAAAAAUAGAUCCAUCGGAACUCAAACUGUUAUUGUUCCCAGGUCAAAUACAAAAACUGUCUUCACUUUUGGCAUUGCUGGCACAUCUUAGAGACUUUAUUGAGAGAAUUAUGGAAUCUGAUGCAGGAGCUGAAGCAAACUCAUUUGAUUGGAGUGCUCAACUUAGAUACUACUUCAAUAAAGACAAUAGAUCUAUUACUAUCAAGUCACUGAAUGCAGAUUUUGAUUAUGGAUAUGAAUACAUUGGGUCUAGUCCAAGAGAGGUGAUCACUCCACUAACAGAGAGAGUCUUUGUGUCCCUUACUCAGGCUAUUAAAUCUCACAUGGGAGCUAUGUGUGUUGGACCAAUAGAUUGUGGUAAAUUUGAAUUAGCCCAUGAGUUAGCCAGAUCUCUAGGACAUCCAUUGUACAAGUUUAGCUGUACCAAUACAACAGAUUAUGUGAUGUUACAUGACAUCUUUAGAGGUUUAGCAUCAACUGGUUGCUGGGUAUCAUUUAAUAAUCUGAACCAUCUGAGACCAUCAGUACUCAGUGUAUUUGCUCAGCUAAUACAAUCUGUUAUGGAUGCUCUCAAGGCAGGGAAGGGUGCAGUCCAUCUUCAGUCAGAUGACAUACAACUCAACCAAUCAGGAGCCUGCUUUGCUUUACUAGACAGUGCCUUACAAGUGCAGUCAGGAAAUCCUGAUGCUUUACUCUUGUAUCCAUCAGCUACAGCUGCCUUACCUGACUACAUCAUGAAUCAGUUCAGGACUAUAUCUAUCAUUAAACCUGACCUUCAUCUGGCUUUAGAGGUCAUGUUGUGUAGUCAAGGUUUUCUUGGUGCUAGAGAAUUGGCAAGGAAGACAAUGUCCCUUUAUGAACUUUACCGUAGACUGCUUGGUACCAAUGUACCAAUAUCAGAAAACAUCAUCUUAGGUAGAAUUAGAGUUAUGGGCUGUGAUGUAAGUGGCAGUUGUGGUGGGUGGAGCAUGAAAACUAUGAAGGAUGUAGUAUCAGAAGCAGGAGCUUACCUAGAGAAACUCAAAGAGGAACCAGUAGAAGAAUCAGACACACACAGACUUCUGGAAGAAGGAGAGGAAGAGGAGGAGAAAAAGGAAAAAGAAGAAAACAAUGGGUUAAUGACAGAACAGAAACUUCACCAAGAAGAAAAAGCUUUGGUCAUGGCUAUAAGGGAUACGUUCCUUCCACGUCUUCAUGGUCGGGAUGCUAGUGUGUUUGCUACACUGAUCACUGACUUGUGGCCAUACCUUAAUAUACCCAUGGUGUUUGGUGGAGAACUAGAAAUCCUGUCUAAGCCACCUCCAUCAAGGACUAGUCACAAAGAUGGAUCAGGAAGAAUUAGGACAGCCAGGAGUAUAACAUCCAGCAAAUCUCUCAAAGUAUCAAAAGCUUUGAAAGAUUCCAUUCCUUUGAAUACUCCUGUAGUCCCACUUCAGACAGCACCAAACUUCUUAGAUGCUCAUCAGAGAAACGUGAUUGAGGACAUGCAGGAUGCUAUUGCUAUAGCAACAGGGGAGCUAAAUCUUCUACCUGGUGUAGCAUUCCAAGCCAGGGUAGCACAGCUAUCUCAGCUUAAUGCAUCACAUCAGACUAUAUUUGUGGUUGGACCACCUGGAUGUGGUAAAAGUGAGUGUAUAAAGACAUUUGCCGUGGCAGAGAGAUCUAGAGGCAAAAUUAUCAGUGUACAGAAUGUAUUCACUAAAGCUGUAGAAUCUGAAGAACUCAUGGGAUAUCUUGAUCAGAAAACUAAAGAAUGGAAGGAUGGUCUACUGGCCUCCAUUCUAAGGAAGUUUUGUGUACAGCCACCAAAUAUCAAUUAUGACCUGAAGGCCAAACCAAUCAUGAAGAUUGUACAGAUGGACGGGGAGUCUGAACCAGCCCAGAUGGAGUUGCUUGGUGCUGUACUUAACAAUGAUGGAGCUGUUGUCCUUGGUAACAAUGAAAGAAUUGUAAUAGCUGAUACCAUUAGAUUUUUGUGGGAGAUGGAAUCAGUUGCUCACAUGAGUCCAGCAUUACUAGCAAAUGUUGGUGUGAUGGUAAUGACUCCAAAAGAUGUUGGAUGGAAAUUGAUACUAGUCCAGUGGUUAGAACAUCGUCCAGAGAAUGACCGAGAGUUACUGACAGGUUUCUGUGAUGUAUACAUCGAGAAGACAAUAGAAUACCUAAAUGAUUGUUGUACACCACACAUGUUGGGUGGUACCAAGAAAAAAUGUCCACAGUAUAAACGUGUUUUACAACAUAAUAUAGAGAACAUGAUUGGAACCUUCUGUACUCUGUUAGAGGCCGUAGUAAACCAGACAUCAACACAAGAUUUAAGUGAUGUGGAAUAUGAGAGAUACUUUAACUUUACUGCCAUAUGGUCGUUUGGGGGUACCUUGGAGGAGAAGUACAGAGAAUCAUUCAGUAACUGGUGGAAGGAACAGUUUGAACAGCACAUUGACUACCCAGAGGAGGGUACAGUGUUUGAUUACAUGGUUGAUGGAGAUAGUCAUGAGUUUGUACUCUGGAAGGAUACAUUACAGCAGUACAGUGGAGAGAGUAGAAAAGGCAUAUCGGCUGAGUCAUUUGUACAUACUGUUUCAGUUGAGCAAUUAUCUUUCUUGAUUGGAGUACUGACCGAGUAUGGUAAACCAGUUAUACUAGUAGGAGAGAAUGGUUGUGGAAAAUCAUCCAUUAUCAAUGACAGAAUUCGUACAGUCUGUUCAGGGGAAGUCGCUGAAGUCUUGUCUCUAUCAAUACCUGCUAACAGAUUCACCAAUGCUCGUCUGCUGUACGACCGUCUUGAUGAGAAAUUAGAAUGGAAACAUGGAAAGACAUAUGUACCUAAAGGAAACAAAAAAUUAUUGUGUAUGAUAGAUGACAUCAACUUGUCUCAGGUUGACAAAUGGGGACAUCAGACAGCCAUAGAACUAGUGAGGGAACACAUUGAUGAUGGAGGGUUCUACAAUCCAGACAGCCAUGCCUGGAGAUACAUCAAGAAUGUCACUUACAUCAGUACAAUUAACCCUAAUACAACAGCUAACGUCCCUAAACUGAGUCAGAGAUUCCUGCGACACUUUGCUGUCUUCCAUUGUCCUUACCCUGGUCAGGAGGAGUUACAGACAGUCUUCAGUACUCUAUUACACUGCCAUUUUAUACUGCCAGAGACAUCAGGGACUGGUAUGCCUGCCUCUCAUCAUGUUGAUGUGAAGGCACAGCUUAAAGUUAAAGAAGAUGAGGAGGCCAUGAGGAAGCUGCUAUCUUUGAUUGUGAAAGUGAAUGUAGAACUCCAGGAUAGACUGAGAGGAAUGUUCUUAAAUACAGCACAGAGAUGUCAUUAUAUCUUUACCACAAGGGAUCUCUCUAUUAUAUUCAAGAAUUUAUGCCUAUCACUCCAGCCAGAAUGUGCCCACAGAGAUUUGCUGUUAUUAUGGCAACAUGAGUGUGCCUGGGUAUAUGGACAUCGUUUAGUGACUGAAGUAGAUUACAAAAGAUAUAAACAAGCUUUUGUUAAUGCUGUCAGAAAGGAAUUCUCUAGUGAUGAACAGAUUCGCUUGGUGGUAUCCAAUAGGCAGCCAUUAUUCAGUAACUUGAUUGAACAAGACAGUGGUGUUGUAACAGCUGGGAUGAUUGAUGCUCGACACAUCUCUAACAUCUCUGAAGAGGAAGCUAAGACAGAUCUUUACAAACCUAGGUUUAAUAUGAAAGAUGUGAAGGAUCUAAUGAUCAAAGGAGUAGAGGAAUACAACAAGAUUCAUCCCAGGAUUAAGUUAGCUCUUUAUAAGACUGUUGUUGAACAAGUAUGUAGAUUAGCUCGUACUAUAGCCUCACCACAAGAAAGUGCCCACACAGUGCUGGUAGCUGAGGGAUGUGCUGGGCGAUGCACAGUCAUCGCUAAGUUAGCUUCUCAUCUCUGUGGAUAUACAGUGUUCCAAGUCAGUCCAUGCUCUCUACAGAGUUCAGGGGAAUAUAAGAUGGAGCAGUUCAAGUCAGACUUGGUGGAAUGUUACACCAGAGCAGGUUCCAGGGGUGAGAAAAUUCUGUUACUUUUAAAUGAAGAAGAGCUGAUGGAAGAAGAUUUCUUGGUGUUUUUGAUAGAAUUUAUUGUCUCUGGAUCUAUCAGUCAUUUGUUUACCUAUGAAGAACAAACAACAAUUAUAAACUCUAUAAGGACAGAAGUAACAUUAGCUGGACUGACAUACACUCGGGACACAGCUUGGAAUUUCUUCCUGGGUAUUGUCAGAAAUAACUUCCGUGUUUGUAUGAUUGCCUGUGAUGGUGGUCAACAGUUCCAGAGACGAUGCAGGGAAUACCCAGCAUUUACUGAAAAUGUAAACUUCCUAUGGUUCCCUCAUUGGUCCAAGUCCAGACUGAUUGAGCAUGCAUUGUAUCACCUUAAGGAUGUUGAAUGGAUGAACGAUGUUCAGAGAGAGAAUAUAGCUCACAUGAUGGCCUCCAUGCACCUUGUCCUUAGACAACAGGAUGGCGGAGAGAAGGAUGCUGGCGAAUACAGACAUGUUACUAAUACAUCAUUUGAAAAGUUUGUGGAAAGAUACAUCUCCUUAGCCAAUACCAAACACUUUGAAAUAAAUGAUAUUAAUGAUGCUGUGUCUAAAUCACUGAGACAGAUCAAAAGUGAAAAUGAGGUUGCUGUCAAACUGAGAAAACAAUUGGAACAUGAAAUGGUGGUUUUGGAGGAAAGGAAAGCUAGUGCUGUGAAAUUUUUAUGUCAAAUUGGACAAGAUACAGCCAUUACAGAACAACAGAUCAAAGUAGUCAAGGCUCAGCUGGAAAAAAUCUCUAAACUCAAAAAGUUAUUACCAGAAUAUCAGAUUGCAGAACAGAGAGCCGUGUUUAAAACUACACAGAUUUAUGGAGAUACAAUGAAGGAAGUAGAGAAAAUGAAUGGAGACAAACACAGUCUUGGCGAACUGAGAGGGAUGAGUAAACCACCACUGGAUAUUGAAGAUCUAAUGGCAGCUGUUAUUAUGAUAUUAAAGUCUCCAUCAGCUGAUCUGACGUGGCAGAAAGGUGCAAAGAGACAAAUGGCAAACUUAGAAAGAUUUAUUGACGAAAUGAUGGUAUUUGACAAGAAUCAGUUACCAGAGUCUACUUUGAAUUUGGUAGAACCUUACCUGAAGAAGGCCUCAUUUGACCCAGAUACUCUUGAGAAAAAGACUGGAAACCCAGCGUGUGGAUCACUCUGUCGAUGGGUUAGGGGUGUCGUAUGGUACAACAGAAUGAUGAUAUCCAAGGUGGAGCCACUUCAUAAGAAGGUCAAGGAGACAACACAGCAAGUAGAUGAUGCAGAACAUAGAAUGGCAAACUUGGAGAAGAAAAGAAAGGACCUCGAGAGUAGAUUACAAGGACUUGCUAAGAGUUUUGAGGAAGCAACCAUUGACAAGAACAAACAGGAAGAAAAAUGCAUCAAAAUGAAAAAGAUGUUGGAAACAGCUGCCAAGCUUAGGAAGAUAUUAAAAGGAGAGCGUCAGAGAUGUCAGCAGAUUUAUGAUUCCCACGACAGACGAUUGGUAUCCAUUCCUGGUGGUUGUGCAAUGGCGGCUGCCUUCUGUACUUACCUCGGAACAUAUCAUCACAACUUCAGACGUAUGAUGCUCACUGUACACUGGCCAAAUUGUUUGAGAGAAAGAGGUGUUCCUCUUGUCAUAGACUCCAUUGAUGGUCUGAAAGGUCGUGUUAUAGACUGGUCAAUAGAUUUCCUGAAGACAGCCACAGGAGCCAGUCAGGUUUAUGAUAUAGACUAUACCUCAGCCUUACUGGGACAACAAGGGGAUUAUGAGGAACAAGCAGAAGAUGAGGCUCAGGAGGCAAAGGGGGAUGUCAAUGAAUUGAAAGAAGAGAAUGAAGAAGAAGCAAAAGAGGAAAAUGAAGAAGAGGGAAAGGAAAAGACAGAUGAACCAGAAAAAUCUGAAGUUGAAAAGACAGAAAAAGAAGAGGAGAGUGGCAAAGAAUCGUCAGCAUCAAUAAAGGAUGACGAUCAGAAGACAGAUAAGACUUUAGACAAAAUACAAGAGGAGGAAAGUAGUGAUGUUCAGGAAGAUGAGAAUCAGACAGAUGUCACUACCUCACCCGUCCUAACCUCUACACAAUAUAAUAGAUAUGUCGGAUCUCUGAUUAAAAUAUUAGUAGGGGAGACAGUCCUUAAUGACUGGAUGAGAAAAGACUUUGGACCAAGACAGUUAGAAAAUGCUGCUAUAAUGAUAUCAUCUUGGCAGAGACCUCCAAUGUUGAUAGACCCUAAUGGUGAGGGAUCACAUUGGCUUGGACGACUUAACAAACUCAUGAACAAACGUAAACUGGUAUCUCUAGACAUGGAAACUCGGUCUGAUCCACAUGUGAUAUUGACCCUGGAGAAAGCCAUAAUGAGAGGAAAACCAGUGAUUCUCAACAACUGCGAGAACCAUAUUGACAACAUUAUAACUCCAUUGAUGCACCACAGAAAUACAGCUAAUCCUCAGGACCAAGAUGAAGAGCCAAGAAUGAUAAGAUUUUGUGGACGUAGAGUACUUUGUCACCAGGACUUCAGAUUCUACCUGUCGACACCACUACCUAAACCAAGAUUUAAUCCUGAGAUUGCCUCUACCACUACCAUGAUAAACUAUGGUGUCUCACAUGACACACUGACAGAAGACCUGCUCACAAGAGCAUUUUCUCGUAUGAGACCGGAGUUAUACAAAGAGAAAAGAAUUGCCUUACGUAACAUGCAGUUACAGAAGGAUACUUUAUUGAGGUUAUCAGACAUUGUUAAGGAGAAAGUUCUGACCAAUCAGGAAGCCAUGUUAGGAAGUGCUAAAGCCUUGACCUUUAUAACAGAUAUUACUAAUGCUAAGAUUGAGCUUGCUAAGAGGUUAGAAGAGACAAAAACAUUACUGAUUGAUAUAGAUGAUCUAAAGGAUGAGUUAUUCCCCUUGGCUAGGCGAGGUGCCAUGUUGUUUGCCAUUGUUAGAAGCUUACAGAGUGUACACAAUGAGUACCAGUUCUCACUGAAGUAUUUCCUGGAAUUGUUUGAUGAAGCUGUUGGAGAGGAUGUUCCAGAAGAACAUAAGAUAGAUGACGAUGAAUCAUCUGCUUAUGAAGAUGAUGAUGAGAGUGUAGUGGCUCCAAAGGUCAGACACAGCAGUACAUCUUCCCAGGGAUCAAGACAAGCGCAGCCACAGGGAGACAAACAAGGUGAAGAAAAGAAGUCUGAGAAAGGUGAUGGAGAGUAUGAAGCUGAUUUUGAUGAUACCGAAGGAACUAAAAAACAAGGUGAUUCUGCAAGUACAGCAGCUGCACAAAAACUAAUUGCUGGUACAGAAUCUGAGGAGUUACCUCCCCUAGAAAUACCUGAGACUGUUCCAUUACCAUCUGAAGGGUUGGAGUACUCAUCUCUAUCUGCCAAUCAAAUCAAACAAGUGAUGGACAAGUUAACAGGACUUGUAUAUCGUAGAAUACGAGAGAGUUUGUAUGAAGAAGAUUGUCUUCUGUUUGCCACAUUGUUAUGUCUGAAUAUUGAAGCAGAAGGAAUGGAAAACUUCUCUAAUGAAGAAAUGUCUCUAUUGUUACAAGGUAAUCCUGGUCUGGGUAUGCAACUGACAUUGAAUGACUUUGACUACAAGGAUGAUCCACCUACUUGGCUCCCUCAGGAGAAAUGGGAAGAUAUCAUGGCCUUAUCUGUCCUCCCUGGACCAUUAGACAGUUUGUGUGUUAACUUUGCUCAAAAUUCAGAGGCAUGGAAAGCUUGGUACAAAUCACCAUAUCCAGAGAAGGAACCACUACCGCUGGCUGUAGGAGGAGAGAGUACAGAACGAAGACCAGGUUCUGGUGGCAGCGUUGGGAAUGCAAAGACACCAGAUUUAGGACCAAUGACAGAGUUCCAUCAACUGUUACUACUACGUAUGCUCAGACCUGACAGACUACCAACAGCUCUUGUUAACUAUGUCAACAAACACCUGACAUUAAAUCUUCCUGACCAAUCAGAUUUUAAUUUAGCAGACACAUUGAAGGAUGCCAAACGUCACCUUGGUGUACUGUUAUUACUGCCUCCUAGUGUUACAAGUGGAGUCAAACCAUUUUCAACAAAAUUAAGAAUGACAGACCAACCGAUAGAUGUUUUAUAUAAAAUGGCUAAGGCUAUUGGUUCCAAGGUAGAACAUGUAAAGAUUGGAGAAGGCUGUGAAUAUUUGAUUCAGGAAGCCAUUGAUGGUGCUGAGAAGCAUGACGGAUGGGUCAUUAUAGAAAAUCUUCAUCUGGCUCAUGAUACACUGUUCAAUGAUCUAAAAAAACAAUUAGUGAGAGUAGCCAGAUCACGAAGUAAGAGUGUCAUGCAAGAAGACAAACAGAAAGGAAGUAGGUUCUGUGUAUGGAUAACAUCAGAACCAUGUCCAAGGAUAACAGAUUUCCUGAUCAGGAAUCUACACAAAGUGUCAUGGAGUCACAUCACUCAGGAUGUGAUAACACCAGAGGGCAGCACUACAGAUGAAGGAGGAAAAUCUGAUGCACCAUUUACAAUACAACAUAAAUCUCCACAGUCAUAUCUACACUCAGCUAUUGUGUCUACACUGAAACAGACAUCAAAUGGAGGCGUGUUUGACAAACUAUCAACGGAAUCACAAGUCAUCAAAUCUAUUGCCUUUGGUCUCAGUGUUAUUCAGGGAAUGUUGUCCUCCAGACAGCUGUUUGGUUCCCAGGGACUGAAUCAGUGGUACCCAUUCAAUAGGGUCCAGAUGGAACAAGCUAUAGAAAUACUAACAGGAAAAUUAUUACGACCUGAUGGAACAGACCCCAAAGUAGAUAAAAUGACUAAUAUGUUUGCCCAGAUGGAAUCUCCUUGGCCAACAACAUUAGGCUUUGAGGCACCAAACUUUGAAAAUCUAGAUUACUCCAUUUCUUCGUUGGUGUACAAUAACUGUGUGACAAGUGAGAGUGAUAUGACCUACAUUGAAGCUGCUGUUAGUCAUGUUCUGUAUAAUCUCUACCAAGAAAGUUCAGGAUCACUGGUACUAGGGAGUGUAGCUAUCCCUACUCCACCAGCUAAUGUUGAUCCACAAGAAUAUGGUUCUUGGUAUGAGAAGAAUGUGGAUGAAGAAUUCACAAUUUCAGCUUUACAGUUACAGUCAAGUGUAGAGAAAGAAAAUAAUGAUGCCAACUCUAGUGUGUUUAUCCGACAUCUUGACCACAUGUUUGAAACACAGAACAUGGAAGCUGGAGAUGUAGCUAAAACCACAGGAGAAAUUAACAUAGCUAAAUUAAGAUCAGCAUUAGAUUUGUGUUUGGAAGAGUUACCUAACUUGUUGGAGUUAGGUAAUGUGAUAGAUGUAAUUGGUGAAGACUAUGAUUUCCCAUACCAUAGACCAUCAGUAAUCAGCCUGGCUACUGCAGCCAGUUCACAGAUGCCAGAAACUAUAGGCUAUUGUCUAUUACAGGAAUGUUUGUGGUUUAACACCAUCCUGUGUCACAUCAGACAAGAGAUCAAUGUUCUACAAUCACAUCUACUGGGAGGACCAGAAGCUUUACCAAAGAUGUUGUCAUCAACUGUAUCAAGCUUACAAGAAGAGUUUAUACCUAUAUCAUGGAUUCAUCCUAACUGUCAGCCCUGUACACACUCAUUGGUAUCCUGGCUUGAGGAUACAAAGAAGCGACACAAGCAGUUAUAUGACUUUGUUAGACAUGGAAUGAUACCUACCUACAAAGAUGAUGGCGAUGAUAACCCAAUCAUAGCCUCAGGAAGACUGACUAAAAUCUGGCUUGGAGGCCUCGUCAAUCCACAGGCUUUGUUGACAUCUCUUAAACAAGAGAAGGCUAUUGUCACUAACACCAGGGUGGAUGAUAUGUCAUUUGAGUGUGUAGUUAUGGAUGACAUAAACACAGAGGAUUAUGAAGUAGAUGAAGGAGGGCUAUUUUUGACCAGUAUUUACCUACAAGGAGGUGCAUGGGACUAUGACAAUGAUAGUCUUAAGAACCCUGAAUCUGGUCUGUAUUCCAUUCCAUGUUUAUACCUGAGACCUGUCAUUAGAAGUGACCAGGAAGAGAAGGAGGACAAGAAAACGGUCACAUAUCCCUGUCCUAUGUUUAUGAAUAAGAGUCGUCAAGUUAUGUGUGAUACAUUAGAUCUGAAUUGUCCAACACCAGUUGAUAAAUGGAAACUCUCCAGAACUGCUUUAAUAUUAGAUGCAGGUUUACCAGAGGAUGGAGCUAAGAAGUCACGAUCCUAUCUAAUGUUACUGAAGGCAGGUCCAUCAAUGUUACCUGCUGAGGGAGAGUCAGAGAUUCAAUCAGAGGAGGACGAUGAAGAGUUACAGGAAUUAGAACAGGAAGAAGACUUUGAUGCCAAUCCAUCAGAAGUGUCUCAGUUGUCAUAUAGAGCAAUAACUCCUAAAGCUCCACCUCUGCCUCCAGGCAUGGGAUUAGCAAAGGAACCCCAUAUGGCUGAGGGGGGAGAAAAAGCACGCUCUACAAAGUCAAGUCCUCACCCAAGUGGUAAAGGUAGUCCUGCAGUGCAAUCUAGUCCAAAACCAGCGGGAAGUACCAUAAGUGGCAAAGGUAGUCCUAGGAGUGGUAAAGCUGGUAGUACUGUCUCUUCAAAGUCAAAAGGUAGUAAGAAAACAGCUAAAGCGUCACCCAUACCAGAAAAAACAUCUCGACCUACAACUAAAGGAAGUAGAGGAUCUAGAGGGGCAGUAACUCCUGUAAAACCUUCAAGUAUUGGAUCACAAAAAGAUGUCAGUAAAUCACUGGAUAAUGAAAAUGACAAUGCUAGGCCUCGAUCUCAGAUUGAGGAACCAGUUACACAAAUUGAAAUAGAAACUGACACUGAUAAUGAAGCAGGGGGAGAAACUCAGAAACAAGACAAGAGUGAAACUGAAAGGAGUGUAAAAGCUGAUACAGAGAGCAGUGUAAAAGUUGACACUGCAAGGAGUGUAAAAGCUGACACUGAAAGGAGUGUAAAAGCUGACACUGAAAGGAGUACAAAAGCCGACACUGAGACAAGUGUUAAAGCUGACACCGAAAGCAGUUUAAAAGCUGACACUGAAAGGAGUGCUAAAGCUGACACUGAAGAAGCUACAAGAGGUAGUUCACCUCCCACUCAGUCACAGAGUGAGGACCCACAGCUUAAGAAACAGCCAUCUAGGAGUAGUCUAAAGAAGGCUGAAUCUAAAGAAAGUGUGAAUGCCCAGAGUCUUCCUAGGCAACCAUCUGCUGGUAGCCUAAAGAAAACACAGUCAGGGGAACAUGUAGACAGAAGUGACAGUAGGGGACCAGUUACUGGUGCUUCUGGAGAAAAUGAAAGGAGUGAUAGCAGAGGUGAAGGAAGAGGAAGUAGAAGACAAAGUGAGGUUGGAGGAACAGGAAGCAGAAGACCAUCAAAUGCAUCCAGAAAAUCUAAAGAAUAAAAAAGUGCUGUUGAUGUUUCAGAUUUUUGCUUUAAUCUAUUUAGUUUGUCUCCGAUCUACUUAAGGAAAUUAUUGACCUAGAUAAUGUAUACUGCUAUUGAUUUUCAUGUUAUAAACUUUGGAAAAUGGCUUUACAAUCUUAAAGACAUAUUUUUUUUUAAUAAAAAAAUAACUUUAAUUUAAAUUUGAGUGGUAUUUUUUUUUAUAUUAAUUGUCUAUGUAAAUGUAAUAAGAUACAACAAUAUUUUUCUCCGUCCAUAAUAAUUAUUUAUUUUUAUAUGUUUGUUAUAUUUUACAUUUUUAAAUGUAAAAUAAUGUUAUUUAUUUAACUGUAUUGUAUGGAAGACUUUUUUGUAAGAUGAGAACAUUUUGUAGUUAUAUGAUUUUACAGCAUGUGAACACAAAAAUUAUCAAAAAUGUACACCAAUUAAAAAAAAGUUUCUUCCGUAUGAUAUGUAUUGAUUUAUGGUUUUUUCAUCAUAUGUGUUUAGAUUUGAUAUGUUGAUUUAAUGUAAAUGUAAUUUAUUUUCAUUUUUUCUGUGAUAUCUACAAAUCUUUUGUUUGAGAAUACAUAUUUGUUUUUCUUUAAGAUGAAUAAACCAAUGUAUAACUGCUGAGUGUACACUGCCUUGUGAUAUUCUAUCCAUAGUAGUGCCUUCAUGCCUUUAUAUUUUAACUGUUAUGUGAUUAUAUUUAUAUGAGAAUUUUUGUUCAAUGUUAGACAUUUUUGUAAACGUUUUUUGUUCCUUGACACUUACUUGUGGAGGUUUAUACCUUGUCCAUUUUGCAAAGUGAAAAUAAAAUAUAUAAAUCUUUA